GACUCAGUGCUGGGCGUGGAUUGGUUGGUUUGACAAGAGGACACGUAAGAUCUGAUACAGGAACAAGACAAAAACAAAAACACGUAUUUAGCAAAAAAACGGCAGAACAUACUCCGUUAUUUUUCCGCCCUUGUGGUAGAUGUUCUGCAUAGCGUUAUAUAUACCAAAGACCGUAUAUCACUAUUUAAAAACUCGUCUAAAUUUGACUUUCUUCUUAUCAGACCGUUUACUAGGACACUUCCACUGUCCUCUUUUCAACCGACCAACAUGGCGAAUAAUGUGUUCUUAAAGUUGUUUCGUGCACCUGCAUCCACGCAUCUGGCGUGUCUGCGGUCGGGCAGCUUGUUGCGGGAAAAGGCUGCAGCUCUGACGGCUGCAGAGAGCAGGCGGUCCUGCAGUAACCCUCCUCCGGAGAAGAUCAGCCGCUAUCCUAUUCCCUACACGAAGGACUUGCCUUAUGAUAUAGUGGAGCUUAUGGAGGAAGUGGAGUCAAAGGGAGGCUUUUUACCCAAUGUCUUCAAAGUCCUUUCUAACAGGCCAGCAGAGUUCAGAGCUUUCUUCGCAUACUACAAUGAACUGAUGAACAAGGACACAGGGAGGUUAACCAAGGCAGAUCGUGAGCUGAUUGUGGUUGCCACCAGCAGUUACAACAAAUGUCUUUACUGCGUUGUGUCCCAUGGUGCUCUACACCGGAUCUACUCAAAGAAACCAACUCUUUCUGACCAGGUGGUUGUUAACUACAAAGCUGCGGAGCUCACGGCUCGGGAGCAUGCCAUGCUGGACUUUGCGAUGGCGGUGUGUCGCUGCGACACCAUCACAGAUGAGCACUUCCGUUCUUUAGAGGAAGUCGGCUUUGACCGCGACGAUGCCUGGGACAUUGCCGCCAUCGCUGCUUUCUUCGCCAUGUCCAACCGACUCGCCCAUCUGACAGACAUGAGGCCCAACCAGGAGUUUUUUAACAUGGGCCGUGUUCCCCGGGACAAGACCAAGGACCAGGGAGAAGAUAAAUAGUAGAGCAGGAAAGGUGUGUUAUCUUCAGGGUUUUGUAAACACAAGUGUAAGGUGUGAUGCAGUACAUUCAUACCGCUGCCAAUGAUCUAUCAGAUCCAUUUCUGGUUUCUUGUGAUCCUCCUUUUUUUUUCUCGAUGUGUCGUGAAAGGAGACAAAUACCUAAUAGAAAUGCAGCCUGAAAGGAGUUAAAUGAACAUUGACACUGAAUUGUUAUUGAUUGUAAGUAAAUCUCUAAUAUCAGCAACAAGACUUUAAGUGUAUUGUUUCAUUAUGCAGUUCCAUGUUGGGAGAUAAAGCACAAAAAUUAUGUUCCUGUAAUCUUUAGGCUGCUUCUAAAAACUGACCGCUAAGAUGAUAAAUAUGCAUACAUGGGAUUAAAAGACAAUGGGGUUCAUGUGUGAAUGUUGGUGGGAGAGUUUGUUUAUUGGUCACUUAAAGGUGCAAUAAGCAAUAUUUCACCACUAGGUGGUACUUUAGCACUGCCUGUAGACCAAAACAACAUGUGAAACAAGCUGUGCCUCUACCUCGCCUCUACCUUUACCUUUCCUUCUAAGUCAUUGUCGCCUUCUAUACGCAUAUUUGUAAAGGACAAAAACACAGCAAAACAGCCUCACCUCAUCUUUAUAAUGCUGUUAGUAAGAGAACAUUUUGAUCUGCUGGGGUGCUCUUCGCCAUGUUGCUCCAACACUGCGCUGCUCUGAUGGCAACAUUUUAGGGGCGGGGGGCUAAGCCCUGAGAGGCAGCUGUCCACAUGCACAUGUGCGCGUGUAACUGCGGCCCAGCUAUGUAAGAAAGAGACUGGAGAACAACACAGAGAGCUGCGGGGUGACGUUAUACUAUAGACCAUCUGAAAUAUUACCUUUAGUUCUUCACAUCGUUGUUUUUUAGUUCUUUCUAUCUAAAAUAUAGAAACUUUGCUUAUUGCUCCUUUAAAUUCAAGUUCUAUUAUGCUGUGUUUAACUACUGGUUAUGUUCUUUUCUUAACUUCAUAUUCGGGAUUUUCCUAGGGUAAUCAGACCAUGAAAAACGCUAAAUAAUAAAGGUCUGUUGCCAUCUGAUGCCAAUGAGUUGUAAUUCUUUGUUUAAAGUCUGGGGCAAGAGCAGCUCUUCAAGCUUUGAAUAUUUGCUUUGUUCUUUAGUUCAUUGAUCAGAACUAGAAAACUCUUUUUGUAAUGGACUGCCUGGUUUGAGUAUUUUGUCACUUAGUCAAUAAAAGCACAACAACAAUGCUGUUGCUUAUAGCCGCA